AUGUCGCUCAUCGGCGGAAUCUAUUCAAUUGAGAAUUCAGCUGUUCCCCUUGCCAUCGAUCUUUCUUCCGGUGGCUCAGCAGAUGGUACAAAAGUCCAGGGUUGGGGGAAGUGGUUAUUCUCCAACCCCAAUUGCCUAGCUCAGCUCUGGCUGGUCACACCUACUGGAGCAACAGAUGCUUUUACCUUACAGAAUCUCCGAGGCGGCCUCUACCUUGACUUGCCCAAUGGUAGCAGCGCCAAUGGUAACCCACUUCAAGGGUGGCAACGCGUGGGCAACAACCAGGUUUGGAUCAUUCGACAGACAGGCACAUUUUACAAGAUGCAAAAUUUGCAGGGUGGAAGUACGUGUUCCCUUCAUUCCGUAUUAAUUGCACUCCGAGCUCCUGAAACUCGCGUGAUCGUUCUGCCAGCGUUUGUCAAUCUUCUAGAUGGAAGCAGUAGCAAUGGAACUGCCGUUGAGGGCUGGGCAGGCGAGUGGAAUGACACUGCCAACCAGAGCCAACUCUGGUCAUUCCAGCCUAUGAGCCGGACAAGCGCAGAGGUCGACAACGCCCUUAUUGCCAACCCUGUUCUCCAAGGCCACUUCGUCAACUAUCAGAUGAAUGGGAUAUACUGGGUCCUCGACAAGGACCUCGUGAAAAAUAUAUGGGCUGGUGCCAAUCUUGGCGAAGGGAAGAAGUAUACCUUGCGACCUGAGCUAUUUGACCAGGACGACUUUACCCUCUGUGCAUUAUUUUUCCAUGAGUGCAUCAGAUUGUCCAUCACUAACAGCUCUUCAGCUUUCAAAGCGCAAUUGGCUCAAUGGGGAAGUGAUAAUAUUCUGGCCAACGGCCUGAACUUACUCCUCGGUGUGAUGCUCGGAGUGUCUACGGAGGAAGGAUCCGGUGGGCAGUCGUGCAACUUUUUCCUCGAUAGCGACUUUUCGACCGUCCUGUUCUUUGAUGCUCAAACAGGCAAUUUACUCGACCCGGGAGACAUCACCACCCAGGUCACGGUGGGCUUCUUCUAG